GUUGCAAUUCUUGUGUUUGUUUUCCAUAAAUUGUGCGAUUUCGCGCCCCUAAAUCUAACACACGAUUUAUUAAAAAUUCUAGAGGAUUUACAGAUGAUUGAUCUUGAAAAGAAAAAGCGUUCUACAUGCUGAGCUCAAGGUUAAAGCCAUGUUAUUUUCGAAUUUCCCGCCUGGAAUUGUUGAUCCGUCCUGGCGGAGCAUUGCACGUUUCGUUCAGGAGACAUAAAACGAUUUUCAACUGGAUUUUUGGCCAGAAAGAAAGCUUUCCUUUACCCAAGAGGAAGACAACUAGCCAGCUAGUUCAUGGGUUGGAGUUAUUUGAUGAGCUUCACUGGCUGCAAUACCGCAAAUUCAAGGAUGUCAAAAAAUAUAUCGCCCAAGAGAACAAGUACACACAACAAUGCCUUGAGGAUACAUCAUUCUUCCAGAGGAAGCUUGUCCAUGAGAUGUCCUACUGGCUUCCACUUAGUCAUGAGCUGGAGUCAGUACCCGAGAGAGUAGAUGAUUAUGUGUACUACAUGAAGUGCUCUCCUGACAAGAAGAAAUUCCCUGUCGCCUGUAGACGCCAAAUUCUCAGUGAAGAUGGAUAUUCUUUGGGAAAGCCACAGAUCAUCUUUAACCAGAAUGAAUUGCCUCUGUUAUUUGGAAGACUUCCCAGUUUUUCAGUUUCGAACUUCAAGCUUUCACCAUCUAGAAAGUUUCUCAUGUUUAUUCUGGACACUCCAAAUGCAGAAACACCUUCAGCUCAGAUCAUUAAAGUCUGGGAUGGCCCAUUGACCUUGGUGGAUUCCAUACCUAGUGUAGCUAAUGUUGAAUGGGGUGCUGAUGAUGGCACUAUCUACUACACUACAAUUAACAACCUUUUGAGGGCAAACAAGCUGUGGCGGCACAAGCUCAAAACUGAGAUGGUGAAAGAUGAGCUAGUAUUUGAAGAAAAGCAUGAAAGAUAUUACUUGGACAUAAGCUCAACAAAAGACCGUACUUACCUGACAAUCAACUCUAAUGCCAAGACCACCUCCGAGGUCUGCUUGAUCAACCUGCAAGAUGGCUCAUUUGCAUAUCAUCCCUUAUACCAUCGGGAGGUCAACACCGAGUACUAUAUUGAACACAGGAAUGAAGACUUCUUUAUCCUGUCCAAUGACCAAGGAAAAAACUAUAGGGUGGUUAGAGUUCCCCAUUCUGAUCCAUCCAAAGAAAAAUGGAAAGAUUUGAUUCCAGUGCAACCGAAGGUUUUUACUGAUGAUAUGGAGAUUUUCUCUGAAUACUGUGUAGUGUAUGAGAGAGACUCCACUGUGCCAAGACUCUCCAUUGUCAACCUGUCUAAAGAGGACAGUGUCCAAGUUAUUAAGUUACCCAAACUUGCGACAAUGCUUCAGCCAGGCUCAAAUCAGAUGUUCAAGUCAGAUGUGGUGCGGUACACAAUUUCCUCCCCUGUCCUCCCCCCUCAGGUCAUCGACUUUAACAUGAAAGAGGGCACUCAGGCUGUCCGAAAGCCUGUCCUAUCCAAGAGGCCCACUUUUCCAAGUGAUGAUUACAAGUGCACAAGACUUGAGGUCCCAAGUCAGGAUGGCACCCUAGUACCAGUGACUCUGUUCCAUCACGAGGAGCUGGAGUUGAAUGGGCAUAACCCCAUGUUGAUGCACGUGUAUGGCGCAUACGGAGUCAAUGUGGAUGUGGGAUUUAGACCAGAGCAACUGUGCCUUCUUACCAGGGGCUGGGUUCUCGCAUUCUGUCACGUCAGAGGCGGAGGUGAGCUGGGCCGAGAGUGGUAUCAUCAGGCCAUUCUUCAUCACAAGCACAGGAGCUUCGAGGAUUUCGAGGCCUGUACUGCGGCAUUACAGCGCAUGGGUUACUCCAGUCCUCCGCUGACCGCGGCUCGGGGUGUUAGCGCGGGUGGACUAGUGGUUGGUGCUGUGUGUAACAGAUCGCCCGAACUCUUCAAAGCUGUGAUUAUGAAGGUGCCAUUUCUAUGUGUGCUGACUUCAAUGUUAGACCCGACCCUUCCCCUGACGUCACAAGAAUAUGACGAAUGGGGGGACCCCAGGUCUAGUGAGCUGGAUCUCAAGUACAUCAAGUCUUACUGCCCUUACCAUAACAUUAGCUCAGAAAAGCGCUACCCGGACAUGUUAGUGUCCGGAUCCAUCUUCGACGACCGUGUCCCUUACUGGGUCCCACUCAAGUAUGUAGCCAAACUGCGCCUGCAAGCACACGAUCAGCGGACGCAGAAUGCUGGUUCCCAGACCGGCGCGGACACAACGGCCGGGUCAGACCCAAUGAUACUAUGUUCCAUCGACCAAGAGAAUGGGCAUUUCGGGAGCGGCCAUGUACAGGACUCAUUCGAAGAACGUGCCGAGGAAUUUGCCUUUCUACACAAAUCACUGGGCCUUCCACUCACGUGACCAAUCGCCUGACAUCACGUGAUCACUUCGUCAUUAACACGUGACCUAUGUCUUUGAUGGGAUAAGCUGGGAGUUCUUUGGUUCACUCACCGACGAGACCAAAGAAGUAGCUUGUUGGUCCUGAAGAACCUCGUCGA